CUAAGUACGCAAUUUUCAUCUUUCAAGCAUGUGAUGUAUGAAAUUGUUUGAAAUAGCCUCUUGUAUGGGUUUGCAUUCGCGAUAAAAAGUACUUAGUAAUCGUACAAUGAUUGUGCUUCCGAGGAUAUUUUUUUGCGCGUUGAUCGUCAUAAAAGUAACUAGUGCUUAUGAAGAGCGGGGCAGAAAAACCGAAAAUAAAUGCAAAGAAUACGUGAAGUAUGCUUGUGACAAUCAACCCCCUUUGACUACUAGUGAAAUAAUUUCUUCUCCUACAGACCGCAUAAAAUAUGGAAAAGAAGUGCCUCUAGGAGUAUUUCCUCACAUGGCUGCGAUAUAUUUGUUCGAUAAAUUAUAUAAUGGAACCAACGGUUCGGGUCAAUGUAGCGGUACAUUGAUUAGUGAAAAUUUCGUACUGAGCGCUGCUCAUUGUGCAGAGGACUCAGCUCGUUUUGAAGGCAUUUUUGGAACAGUUAAAUUGGGGAGUACGAUUAAAUUCGAUGACGGCGCCGGAAUAUGGUACAAUGUUAUUGAAAUGUACAGACAUCCUAAUUAUACAUUUGAACCGAAGCUGAAGCUCAGGAAUGAUGUACUUCUCCUGAGACUUGACCGGGAAGUACAAUUUUCACCUUAUAUAAGGCCAAUAUGUUUAAGAACGAAGCCUCUCAACGGCGUAAGCAACGCUGUUGUAUCAGGGUGGGGUAAGGAUGAAAGUGGAAACAUUUCUGAUAUUCUCAAGAGUACUCAAUUAUACAUUGACAAUGAAAUUGUCAAGUCAAACUGCAACGAAGCGUUGGAGGAUGGCUUUUUCGACAGCACGACUGUGAUAUGUGCUGGAGAUCCUAACCAAACAACAGGAACUGACCAGGGUGAUUCUGGGGGACCAAUGCAGAUUUCUUUGGAUACCGGAUGUCCGAAUACUUACGAGCAAAUUGGUAUAGUUUCUGGAUCUUCUACUUUUAACGAUACGCAUCCUCGUGUUGAAGUCUAUUUAUCUACCGACAUUGAACAGUUUAUUCCGUGGAUUGAAAGCAAUGUUUGGCCAGAUUAAUGAUUGUCAUUGUUAUUUAUUUUCAACUAACUGAUUUCGUAUACGAGAUUGUAUACCUUAUUUAGAUUUAUGUAAGAUUAUGCACAGAAAAUUAUUACUGUAUGUGUAGCCCAUACAGGGGUCGGCAUAAGUCAGCAUUCAUAUUCGAAAACUGAUGCGUUCUUUUUCACACCCUGUUGUGUGUAAUGAGUAGAUAGAAAGUCUUGUAGGUAGUGCGUUGUGUUCGUGGAAGUCCCACCAACACUUUGGUAAUGAUAGUUUCGUUCCCCGCUUCGUCACUACAGAAAAAAAUCAUUUCUAUUUGAAAAAAUUUUCUUUUGUGCAAAUCGGAAUACUGACUUAUGCCGACCCCGUAUAUAAUUUAACCAUUCUAUAUUCUAAUGAGAUCUCGAGGUUUCCAUGCAAUACAACUUUUCAACACAUCGCA